GCUCGCUCACAUCCCUCUGAAUAAUCCACAUCUAGGGCAAGCUGGCUGAGAGGCGAUCCAGUGCUCAGCUCCUCUCUGCAGGCUGAGAAAAGAGACAGAGAGAGAAAGACAACGAUUUUCAACGCAGGAGGAAAAACGUGAUUUUGACGGGAAGAUACCAAGAAUUAACAGAGGAAGAUUUUCAUUUGCGGAUAUCAUUUAUUUAUAUAUAUUGUUUAUAUAUCUAUAUAUAUAUUUGUACACACACAUAUAGAUAUUUAUAUAUAUAUACAUUUAUCCCUGUACAUAUCUGUAUUUGUGCUUGUCUGUUUAUAUUAAUAUUUUUAUAUGUAUUUGUGUGUGUAAAUAUAUAUGAUAUAUAAACAAAAGAAUAUAUAUAUAUAUCUAUGAAUUUAUAUGCGUAUCACUGUGAACCAAGAGAAGCAAGAGGAAAUUUCUAUCAUUGGGGCUGGUCUCUGAUUGUGUGGUCGUAUACAAUAUUUUGAAUAUUUCCUUUGAUCUUCUACGUCAAGAGGACAAAGACUACGUGCCCAUUUUGUAUCUUGUUUUCCUGUUGCUGCUUCCCAUCCCUCUCAAUCUUUUUUUUUUCUACAUCCGAGAGGAAUAAAGCGGAGAGUGACAGGAUUUGACGAAAAAGGGAAAAUCUGUAGAAAUUCCUGUGAUUAGUGUUAUUUCCGUCUGCAUUAGCGCUCUGUGAGCCGAUCACAGCGUGCUGUGUGAGAUCUGAGGAGGCAGCAGAGACAGAGUGCCACGCCGCUCUCAGCUCAGCGUCAGCCCAGCCAGCACAGCCAGCAUGCACAAACACCACCACUGCUGCAAGUGCCCAGAAUGUUAUGAGGUGACCCGUAUGGCUGCCCUGCGUAGGAUGGAUGCCCCGUCAUAUGGAGGAGACUGGCAGGCCGAGCCCUAUGGAUACCCGCCUGGGUACGGGGGAGGCCAGACCUUACCUCCUCCAGCCUCAGGGGGAGGUGGAAGCAUGGGAGGAGGAGGGGGCACUUUGGGGAGAAGUAAGGGCAAGAUUAUGUCUGGUGGGGGCCCUGGAGGCCCCAACCCAAAGGGCCAAUCCAAGGGAGGCCCCAAAGUAAACGGCAGCAACUCCAGUGGACAAGGAGGAUGGUGGCCUGAGUGCACCUGUACCAACCGGGAGUGGUAUGACCAGGCCAACCCUCCCCCCAUCAUCGUCAACGCAGACUCACUAGAUGCAGGCCCUUAUGUAAACGGCAGUGAUGGGAUGUAUAAAUACGAAGAGAUCAUUUUAGAGAGGGGGAACUCUGGCCUGGGCUUUAGCAUUGCUGGAGGAAUAGACAAUCCCCACAUUCCCGAUGAUCCAGGGAUCUUCAUCACCAAGAUUAUCCCCGGGGGUGCAGCUGCUAUGGACGGACGACUGGGGGUUAACGACUGCGUGCUGCGUGUGAAUGACGUGGACGUGUCUGAGGUGGUUCACAGCCGGGCGGUGGAGGCCCUGAAGGAGGCAGGGCCGGUGGUGCGGCUGCUGGUUCGACGGAGGCAGGCCCCACCCGAGACGAUUCUGGAAGUCAACCUGCUGAAAGGGCCCAAAGGGCUGGGAUUCAGCAUUGCCGGAGGGAUCGGGAACCAACAUAUCCCAGGAGACAACAGCAUCUAUAUUACCAAGAUCAUAGAGGGAGGAGCCGCCCAAAAAGAUGGACGGCUGCAGACUGGAGACCGCCUGCUAGCUGUGAACAACAUCGUGCUGCAGGACGUGCGUCAUGAGGAGGCAGUGGCUGCCCUGAAGAACACCUCGGAUAUGGUUUACCUCAAGGUUGCCAAGCCAGGACCCGUGCAUCUCAAUGACAUGUACGCCCCUCCAGACUACUCCAGCACCUUCCCCACCAUGGUGGACAACCACGUCAGCCACAACUACAUGGGGGCGAUGGAGCCUAAACCAGUGUACCCGCCGCCCCAGGUUACCCCGUCCAGGUACUCGCCCGUUCCCCGCCACAUGAUGGGGGAGGAAGACUUCACGAGGGCUGAACCUAUUUACAGUGUCAUCCACAAACCUGGGGACAGCAAGGUACCCCAGGCCCUCUACAGAGGCUUCUGUCCUUCCCCUGCUCCUUUGUGCCAAGGUCCACUCCCCUUCUCUGGCAGGGAGCCAAGGAAGGUGUUGCUGCACAAAGGCUCCACAGGCCUGGGCUUCAACAUCGUCGGCGGGGAGGACGGAGAAGGCAUCUUCGUCUCCUUCAUCCUGGCAGGAGGGCCAGCCGACCUGAGCGGUGAACUGAGGAGGGGCGACCGGAUUCUCUCGGUGAAUGGAGUGAACCUUAGGAACGCCACACAUGAGCAGGCAGCUGCAGCGCUGAAGAGAGCUGGACAGACCGUCACCAUCAUUGCUCAGUACAGGCCUGAAGAGUAUAGUCGCUUUGAGUCCAAGAUCCACGACCUAAGGGAGCAGAUGAUGAACAGCAGCAUGAGCUCAGGAUCAGGCUCCCUGCGCACCAGUGAGAAACGCUCCCUCUAUGUCAGAGCUUUGUUUGACUAUGAUCGAACGAGGGACAGCUGCCUGCCCAGCCAAGGCCUGAGCUUCUCUUACGGGGACAUCCUCCAUGUUAUAAAUGCUUCUGAUGACGAGUGGUGGCAGGCGAGGCUGGUCACACCACAUGGAGAGAGUGAGCAGAUUGGGGUCAUUCCGAGCAAGAAAAGAGUGGAGAAGAAAGAGCGGGCCAGGUUAAAAACAGUCAAGUUCCACGCCAGGACAGGCAUGAUUGAGUCUAACAGGCCAGUCAAAGUAAAGCGCAAAAAAAGCUUCAACCUCUCACGCAAGUUCCCGUUUUACAAGAGCAAGGAGAAUAUUGUGCAGGAGUUGGUGGAGUCUGAACAAUGCCUGACAUCCAACACAAGUGACAGUGAAAGCAGUUCGAAGGGACAGGAGGACACAAUUCUUUCCUAUGAGCCAGUCAUUCGACAGGAAAUACACUACACAAGGCCUGUGAUCAUUUUGGGCCCAAUGAAGGACAGAAUAAAUGAUGACCUCAUCUCUGAGUUUCCCCACAAGUUUGGCUCCUGCGUACCCCAUACGACUCGUCCAAGGCGAGAGAACGAGAUGGACGGCCAGGAUUACCACUUUGUGGCCUCGCGAGAGCAAAUGGAGAAAGACAUUCAGGAUAAUAAAUUCAUUGAGGCUGGCCAGUUCAAUGAAAACCUCUAUGGGACGAGCAUCUUGUCUGUCAGAACUGUGGCUGAGAGGGGGAAACACUGCAUCCUGGAUGUGUCUGGGAAUGCCAUAAAACGACUGCAGCAAGCACAACUUUAUCCGAUUGCCAUCUUUAUCAAACCAAAAUCCAUUGAAGCCCUAAUGGAAAUGAAUAAGAGGCAGACAUAUGAGCAGGCCAAUAAAGUCUUUGACAAGGCAGUUAAGCUGGAGCAAGACUUUGGAGAGUAUUUCACAGCUAUUGUACAGGGUGACUCACUAGAGGAGAUCUACAACAAAAUCAAGCUAAUCAUCGAGGAGCAGUCUGGUCCCUACAUUUGGAUCCCCUCCUCAGAGAAGCUCUGAGCUCCCUGCCGUCCCUCUCUGCGUCGGUGCAGAGCUCCUUCCUCCUGCCUCCCAGAGAACCCCCACAACCUAAGCCCAGAUAGCCCCCCCACCCUCCCCACACCCCCUUCCCCUGCCCCCUCCCUCCUCACCUCCUUUUUGCAGAUAUGUUUCAUAUCAAGUUUUAGUGUCAUCAUUAUGUUACUCUCUAAAUGAAAAAGAAGUCUUAUCACCAUUACUGUGACUGUGCACACCCCUGCAUGAGUUUCUCAACAAAUCCAUUCAAGACUGGAAAAUGCCAUUCCAAAGGAAUUUGUCAAAUGAAAACAAAAGGGAAAAGGAAUAAAUCCUUUUGUGAACUGGGACUGACUGAAGAUCAGAAUGUUUUACAGAAAUCUGGAGAGAGAGGAGUUGGGAUUCAAAAAGAAGUUGCAGGGGAACAGAGACAAAUCAUACCAAGUUGGAACACUUUGUAAAUGUUCAUCAAAAUCACAUUUAAAAAGACACGCAAGAUGAGAAGUUGAAGACCAAUUAAGGGUUUUUUUGUUUUGUUUUUUUGUUUUUCUAAAAAGACUGGAUAAAAUCGAGCCCUGCUGAUGGUACUGUUCAAGGAGUCAUCUCUCUUGUUUAUAAUGACUGAGGAAAUUAGUGGAGGAGCCUACAAACUGGUGAUCUAUUUAUCACAAACCAGCUUGCUGUUUGGUCGUCUGCCAGUUGUCUGUGCUGCAGCUGAUAAAGACAUCUCGGGAGGCAGAUCAAGGGGAAGAAAUGCGUUGUGAAUCUCUACAUUUAUAUUAUGAAAUCACAAGAUAAAUGAUAAAAUCCUACUGAGAUUUUACUACAUAUUAAAAAAACUACACAUUUUACACUUCACUAGAAUUGUCAAUUUGGAGGGCUGUUAGAUUUCAUUUUUCCUUUUUUGUUCUUUUUUCUUUUCUUUGUGGGGUUUUUUGCUUGUGGUUUUUAGCUGCUCUGUGUAAAGGAUGGGGGUAGAGAAGUGUAACUGGGCUCUCUGCAAAACACCAAACUGCCUUACAUCAAAUACAAAUUCUGUUUUGUGACUACCUGUUGUCUGUGAGGGAGGAUGCACACAAUUGACAAGGAAAACGCUUCCCGUCUUUCCUGACUUUUUUGUGUCCUCCGACUGCCAGGAGGCCUGACUUGAGUGCAAUAGAUAAAACAAAGUCUCACCUCUGUGCCCUCCCCCUCCUGCCCACCCCCCGGUAUUUCAGCCAUUUUUAAAUUUUUUUUUUUUUUUUUUUUUUUUGCUAUGUAAUUCAACAAAAAAUUUGGCCAUUCAAUUACAAUUUGGACAGCCAGAGCCUCCUAACUCAUGUUGAGCAGCAGACCACCCUAUUACACUCUCUGCCUUCCAAGAGGAUUCUCUUCUGAUUGAAUGGUCACAUGGUACUGUCCUAUCUGCCGCCAUGACGGUGGCCUUAAAACGGGUAGAACAAGACAAUAAUUGUAUUGGAUGUCCUAAUGAUUAAAGAGUCAAUAUAACCUGUUUUGGAUUGUCCCCCCACCCCCCACCAAAAACAACACUAAAGUUGGGUUUGAUUAAACCUAAAUGCUUUGUGUAUCUAUAAACAUAUGAAUUCUUGAUGAAUCUGUUGUUGGCAGGUGCUGAACCACUGUGUUGAGCUCUGAAGCGUGUCUGGGGGUGAGCUAGACCGGCUCAGGAAUCUUAACGUACAGAUACCAUUUCCCCUGCGACCGAAGGGCAACGUUUGGGCAAUGACACAGAAAGUUCACGGCACGAACAAGUACUCUUAGUUAAAGGCGUUCUCAACUGAACAGUGUUAUCAGGUUGUAUUACGCGUCUUCUCUUUUUUCCGUGAGACGGGGAGCUUGUGUGAGGUAACCUUUGAGUUGGCUGUAUCAAGGCUUCACCAGGAUUGAAUUGAUCUGCUCCACCCUCCCCCCACCCACCUCAUGCAGAGCUUGGUACUGUAUGUUAACGUGUGCAUGCGAGAGGGCACGUUGGAAGAAGGAAUACUGCGGCCCCCUUCCCCUUCCUGCCCCCGAUCUUGUGAACGUUCUCGCUUUCCUCCUCAGCUUUUUUCUGAAGAGCGCAAGGGGGGGGAAUUUGUCUUCUUUCUCCUCAAGAGAGCCAGACCCAACGAGAAGUGGUUACCUAGACCUCUGGGGUCCUCUGCUCUCUCCCACCCACAGAGCACCUGUACCUGCAGGCAUUUUCUGAACAGGUGUGCCCACCUGCCAGGCACCACUGCUAAACCAGCUGUCAUUACCUGUGUCAAAACCAGAGUUCAGGGAAUAACCGAAGGGAACAGAGCCAUUUAUAAACUGCUUGCAGACUGUUUCAAAGGGUGUGGUAGCUGUACAAUGUAAAUAAGCCCCCAGCAGAUCCCCCUCACCUGUGCUUCAUGCAUGUGUGAAUCAAACUGGGACAAACAUGUUUUAUAGACCACAAAUGUCAGGUAAGUAAAGUUUGAGCUACUCUUGAGAUAUAAUUUCCAUACAAAUGUGCUGUAUUGUUGGUAUUUCUCUUCAAAUGCCUAUUGGAACACUUAACUAGUCAGUUGGGAAUUCAAUUCCCUCAAAUAGGGCCUGUCUACAUGUGAUUUCUUGUGGAACGUGUCUGGGUGUAUAGAUUUUAAAAAAAUAUAUUGUAAAAUAAUUAAAAAGAGAUGCAGGCAGAAACCUACACAAUAUCACAGAAAACCAGGAGCAUUGAUCAAUACAUCAUUAGAAGUUUUAGAAUUGGUCCUCUCUGGUGUUUAGUUGAAAUACAGCUGACUGUUAACAAUGUGUGUGGUAUUCAUACCUCAGUCAGCCAUGUCAAAGCCCAAAGAACUUGAUUUCAUUUUACUCUUUCCACUGAGGUUGUGGUAUAUAACAAGAUGGAACCUGAAUGCCUCUGUGUGUGUAUAAUUGAUGAGGGUCUUUGUUCUGAUGAGAGAAAUGAUGACAUAUAUGCUUUUAUUUUUUGGGUUUGGGGGGGGGGGAUUCAGGGUUCUUGUUUGUACUUUUGGGUGAUGAUGUUUAUGUUAUAGCACAUCUGUGCAGUAAGUGCUUGCAAACAUGAACCCUUUGAUUGUACAGUAGUUUCCUUCCUGUCACUGCAGGUGGUACAGCCUAUCAGGACACUCGGCCUCAUGGUCUUCCCUGUCCUAGUCAUGAGGGAACACAGUCCUGCAACUUUUGUUUGGGUUUUAUUUUGGGACUUGACAAGAGUUUAUUUGUUUGAAAAUAAAAUAUGUGACUCAGUUAUGA